GUGUGUGUGGGGAGGGGGGGAGCUGGGUGGCGGCGCCGCUCGUCUCGCGAUCAUUCCUUCUGGCUCUCGCUUUGCUUUGUUUUAUUUAUUUACUUAUCUUUUUGCCUAACGACUGACCACAGGCGGCUUGUUGCACUUAGGGAUCCUUGAAGUGGCCGGGCCUGAGAGUGAGACCCCAGUCCUAGGCUGGGGUUCUUUCCAAAUAGAGGAAACGGAUCCAGAGGGGCUACAGACCAAAAUUGUUGAGAACCAGACAUAUGAUGAGCGUCUAGAGAUUAUCGACCCGGAAGAGGUUGCCAGCAUUAGCACUCCAACCCCGGGACGUCAAGGCCCUCCUUUUUCUGCUGCUCUUCCCAACAAGACGAUGGCUGAUAACAGCAGCGACGAGUACGAGGACGACAACAAGGAGAAGAAGAAGCCCUCCCAGCUGACACCCCAGCAGGGCUUCAGUGAGAACGAUGACGACGACGACGAUGACUCCUCUGAGACCGACUCUGAUGACGACGAUGACGACGAGGAGCACGGGGCACCUCUGGAAGGGGCCUACGAUCCGGCCGACUACGAGCAUCUGCCGGUCUCGGCGGAGAUCAAGGAGCUGUUUGAGUACAUCAGCCGGUACACACCUCAGUUGAUUGAUCUGGACCACAAACUGAAACCUUUCAUUCCGGACUUUAUCCCAGCUGUUGGAGAUAUCGAUGCAUUUUUAAAGGUGCCGCGUCCUGACGGAAAGCCUGACCACCUUGGCCUCUUGGUGUUAGAUGAACCAUCCACAAAGCAGUCGGACCCUACUGUGCUUUCUCUGUGGUUAACAGAGAAUUCCAAGCAGCAUAACAUUACGCAACAUAUGAAAGUCAAGAGCCUGGAGGAUGCAGAAAAGAACCCCAAAGCCAUUGACACCUGGAUCGAGAGCAUCUCUGAGUUACACCGCUCCAAGCCCCCUGCGACUGUGCACUACACCAGGCCCAUGCCCAACAUUGACACUCUGAUGCAGGAGUGGUCCCCGGAGUUUGAAGAGCUCCUGGGAAAGGUGAGUCUGCCCACUGUCGAGAUCGACUGCAGCCUGGCUGAGUACAUCGACAUGAUCUGUGCCAUCCUGGACAUCCCUUUCUACAAGAGCCGGAUUCAGUCCCUCCACCUGCUCUUUUCUCUCUACUCAGAGUUCAAGAACUCCGAGCAUUUUAUAGCUCUUGCUGAAGGCAAGAAAGCAUUCACCCCUCCACCCAACUCUGCCUCCCAGGCUGGGGAUGUGGAGACGCUGACCUUCAUCUGAGCCUCCUCCUGGGGCUGUGCUUCAAAGUCAGAUGAAGACGGUCUCUGUUGGCAGCUUAACAUCUCCCUGCUCCACGGCUGGGCUCUGACAACAUGAGACCUGCUGCCUUGUCCUUGAGAGCAGGGCACACCUAGGUUCCACCUGGCUCCCAUUGCCUUUCCCGAGGAAGGAUGUAUCUACAAGGCUGUGGGCCUCUGAGUUGGAAGAACUGGAACUCAGAGAGCCCCAGGACACAGGUUGGGGGAGGAGCUUCUGAAGACACACAGACUGUUCUGUCAGGUUGUGAUGGAAUACAUACUGGUUUUCAGCCAUGGCUCCUGGCUCAGUACUCUCCCAUUGCCCAGAUGAUUCUAGAGUGAGUAGGAUCGGGUUGGGGGCCUCACAUCAGGUCUGCCUCUGCCUCUGAGAAUCAUGUCCUUCUAUCUCUGCCUUUCUGCCCUCCUAUCACCUCCCUUUCUCCCCAAGCAGCCCACAACCCUGAAUCUCUUCCUUGAGGCAGUCAUGGACAUCUGCUCUUACAGUCUUACAUUCUUUCAUUUUACUUUUGUUGAUGCUGUGAGACAGUGUCUCAUGUAGCCCAGCUUGGCUUUGAACUGUGUGCGGGCUGGUCCUGAAGAACUAGUCUUCCUUCCUCCACCUCCACCUUCCAGUCACUAGGCUUACAGGCAUCUUCAGCCAAACCCAGCUUAUUCUUAAAUCCUUUGACCUGCUUGGAUAGUAGACCAAGACCCUCAUUUUAGAUGGGGGCUUGCCCCUUUUUAGCAAGGAAGCAAUACUGUGUAAUUUCCAGACCUCACUGGGCUUCCCACCCAGUCCACAGCACUAGCUCAGUCACAUGUCAUCACAGUGGUCCAGGUUUCAGCUGUUUUAUUUGUGUGACGUCUCCAUGGAAACUUAAAAGGUCAGGGCUCAGAGAGUUUCCAGACAGAUGCAGGGAGAGUUCCCAAAAAGUGGCAUGCAUCUUUGUGAAUUUUAAAAUAAUCUUAUUAAUUUAUUUUAGACUGGUUUUCUGUACCGCUCAAGAGUGGUCUACAGUUCACUAUGAAGCGCAGGCUAGCUCAAACUCAUUAUCCUCUUUCUUCUGCCUCCCGGGUGCUAGGAUUACAGGCCUGAGCCACCAUGCCCACUGUUCACCUCUUCACCUGCAUCCUUUGAACAUUUUUUAUGAGAAAUUGAGAAAGAGUUGUGCAAGAUGUUGAAAUCCAAGGAGCAGGUUGUGAGAACUCCUAGCUUACUAGUGGUUGUUAAGAAGCACAGGCCAGAGCAUGUGGCUCCAGGGAGCAUAGCUGUGGCAGGGUUCGGAGGCCCCGCUUAAGUGGGGUAGAAGUAGAGGACAGAUUCAGGAAAUAUUUUGGUCCCUAGUCAGGAAACCUGAAACCAUUCUAGAUGUUUUGUUGGUUUUUUGUUGCUGUCUUCAGACACACCAGAAGAGGGCUCUGGAUCCCAUUACAGAUGCUUGUGAGCCACCAUGUAGUUGCUGGGAAUUGAAUUCAGGACCUCUAAAAGCAGUCAGUGCCCUUAACCACUGAGCCUGAGCCAUCUCUCCAGCCCCAUUCUAUAUGUUUUUAACAAAGGACAUUUAACACAACAAUUUGGUUACAGAAGUAUGGGGAAGGGCCUGGCAAGAUGUCACAGCAGGCAAAGAUGCUUAUCACAAAGCCCGGCCACCACCUGAGUUCAAUCCCUGGAACUCAGAACUGAAAGAGAGAACUACCGAAACUUGUCUUCUGUAAGCCACAUGCACUUGCAUGGACACGCACAAACACACACAUGCAUGCACGCAUGCACACGCAAACAUUGGUGCAUGGUAGUUUAAAGGUUAGUAUCUAGGAGGUGGCUGUGGCCAGAUUCUGGGGGCAAAGGAGGGUUGCAGAGCCUCACCCACCACUGCAGGGACUUUGAGCAAGGUUGUUGCCUCCUCCUCUUCCACCUCCUCACCUCCCACGACAGACACAAAUGCAGGCCAGGAAUUGGGAUCCGGCAGCACAAGAAUGAGGAAUUUUCCUUGGUCUAUGUGGGAGCUCUUAGCCCUGCCCUUGGAAUUUUUACGGGGACCUCAUUGUACAGGCUUGAUUGAUUCCAGGACAAAUAUGUAGAAAUAAAACCAGACCCAGACUGUGAUCUCUUGCUAAAACGCUGGGGAGGGAAACCCA